AUGCUUUUUUCUCUACCAACUGAGGUUCAACUUGAUAUUUUUAAAUUGUUCAAUUACGAAGAAUUAUGCUCAUUCAGAAACACAAAUUUAUAUUUUCGAAAUUUUAUUAAUAAAUUUGAAGGAGAACUUGCUCGAGAAAAAUUUGAAACUUUUUCAAUUGAGUAUUUCGAUAAUACGUUAAGCAAACGAAUUUCAUAUAAAUUAUUUAACUCUAGAGAUUUUGACUUUGCCUUUUUUGCUGAGCGACAUAAAGAAGUAAAUGAACAAAUUGAGCAAAAGUGGAGCGAGGGACUACAAAAUCCGAUUAGUUUGUAUUUGUCUGAUGAAGGAUUAGAAAGUUCUAAUGCUGUCAUUUGCAUAGAUAAAGAUGACGACAAUAAAACCCCUAGAAUUGUACUUGAAUUGCCAACAAUUAUUAAAUGCAAAAAGGAUAUCAAAAUCGUCUAUUAUUAUUUAAAUAAAUUAUUUAAUUGUUCUUUCUACUCUGGAUUUCUCCGUAAAUUUACAUUUAAUUUGGAAUUGAUUGAACUAUUAUUUGGGAAAACCCCUAAACUAUUCUUUUAUGGAUCGAUGUUUAAGGCUUACAACACUGAAAAUUUAUUAAAAUUUGUUUCAAAUUCUUUAAUCAGCGGCAUUGUUGACAUUAAAUUUCCACAUGUAAAUAACACAGAGGAAUACAAAAAAAUUUUAUAUAAAAUUUUUUUGAAUGGAGACAAGUUUGGAGGAGUUAGUUUAUCUUUCGAUGAAAUGCCAGAACUUUUCGAUUUUGUUAUAAAUGUAAGUUUUUUUGUGUGUUAA